AAUGUAAAAUUACGACAGUUUAUUCUUUUAGAUUCAACUAUAUGUAGCAGAAUUGUGUGAACCUAUAAAUUUAAUAGAAUUUGUAGUGGAUGAUGUAAAACCAAAAUAGGAAAUAGAGUAAAAAAUAUCAACAGACAUUUAAGUUUCAGAUCGAAAAUAAAAAAUGAAAACUUAAAAUGAAAAGAGUAUAGAAUUGUUGAAAUAAUAUAGAUAGUCAAUCCAUCCAAAUCUAAUGUGACUCAUACUUAAUAAAGUAAAAAGAAUAAAUAAGAUAAUAUUUGUAAAGGGAAAAAUUGGAUUAUCAAGAAAUUAAAUGAAGAAAACUAAUCUAAGUAGAUAGUUACUUGUUUACCAAAUUUACCUAAAUCAAUCUAAAAUUAAGGAAAAUUAUUCUCUAAUACAGCUUCAAGAUAGAUGAAAUAAAGAUUCAAUAAAUUUAUAGCUGAUUAGAAUAAGAAUUAAUUUAUUAUUCAAAAUGACAUUUUAUAAGGAUAAUAAAAUUCAUCAUUACUUCAAUUAAGUAAUAUUGUUUAAUAUAUUAUAUUAGUUAGAUUAAAAUCAGAUUCUCCAAAAUAAUUACCGAUUUAUGAUGUUAAUUUUGUUUAGAACUUUUAAUAAUAUUUUUCUUGA